CGAGAUGCGGCGCGAGCUCGGCCGGCUGCGUGUUCCCACGAACACCCAGUUCUGGGAGCUCAUCGACCACCCGAAGGCGGCUAUACCAGUGGCGGAGUUCGUGGUGAAGUCAGGCCUGCUCGGGCAGUUCCACGCGGUGGAUCCUGCAGCGACGGGGGUCACGAAACAGCGGCGAGCGGAGGACGACGAGCGUGGUGAAGAUUGAAGGACGCACCCUGCAGCGGCUGCAGGGCCAGGUCCCCCUGCGGGCGACGAUAUGAACCAGCGAGUGCAAACAGCGCGGCCGCGCGGUGAGGCGCGGGUCCGACGCGGAGGGGUGAACCGGUGGUACGGGGGCCGCAGCGGAGCCGGGGACGGCGGACACGAGAGCAAGGAUGAGAGCGAGGGCGAGGGCGAGGGUGAGG